GUGGAUAAAGUCCCCCAACCCAUCUCUCCCAAUGCUGGAACUCCUUCUCUGGAACCAGUAGAUCUUAAGCAGAACACAGAAAAACUUGAGAGUAGAACUUCGGACCAUCCUAGUUUGAAUAUAUUU